AGCAGCAGCGGUAGCUCAGGUCAGUCAGUCCAGUCAGCAGUCACCAGGCAUCUAUAUUCCCUUUUCUUAAAUUAGCCACUUUAAGCUUCGCGAUACCGCCCCCAAUUUCAGCGUCGGUACGGAGCCGCCAGGCCGGGACAGAGUCGGAGAGAGAGGCCUCGGCCAUGGAAGCGCUCGGACCCGGCCCGCCUGCCCCUACCUCUCUGUUCCAGCCUCCGCGGCGUCCCGGCCUCGGCACGGUGGGGAAACCCAUCCGGCUCCUUGCCAACCACUUCCAGGUGCAGAUUCCCAAGAUUGAUGUCUAUCACUAUGAUAUCGACAUCAAGCCUGAGAAACGGCCGCGGAGGGUCAACAGGGAGGUGGUGGACACCAUGGUGCGGCACUUCAAGAUGCAGAUCUUUGGAGACCGGCAGCCUGGUUAUGACGGGAAGAGGAACAUGUACACAGCACAUCCACUGCCAAUAGGGAGAGAUAGGGUGGAUCUGGAGGUGACGUUGCCUGGCGAGGGGAAGGAUCAGACAUUCAAGGUGUCGCUGCAGUGGGUGUCUGUGGUCAGUCUGCAGAUGCUGCUGGAGGCUUUGUCAGGGCAUCUUAACGAGGUCCCGGAAGACUCUGUUCAGGCUCUAGACGUCAUCACUCGGCAUCUGCCUUCCAUGAGGUAUACUCCAGUAGGGCGUUCGUUUUUCUCCCCUCCAGAGGGCUACUACCAUCCUCUGGGUGGAGGCAGAGAGGUGUGGUUUGGUUUCCAUCAGUCUGUCCGUCCUGCCAUGUGGAACAUGAUGCUAAACAUCGAUGUGUCGGCCACUGCUUUCUACCGUGCUCAGCCUGUGAUAGAGUUUAUGUGUGAGGUGCUAGACAUACAGAACAUCAACGAACAGACCAAACCACUGACUGAUUCCCAGCGCGUCAAAUUUACCAAGGAAAUACGAGGCUUGAAAGUUGAGGUCACACACUGUGGUCAGAUGAAACGGAAGUAUCGGGUGUGCAAUGUCACACGUCGACCUGCCAGCCACCAAACGUUCCCCUUACAGCUUGAGAACGGCCAAGCCAUGGAGUGCACGGUAGCCCAGUAUUUCAAGCAGAAGUAUAAUCUGCAGCUCAAAUAUCCACAUCUACCCUGUCUUCAAGUCGGGCAGGAACAGAAGCACACCUACCUUCCCCUGGAGGUUUGUAACAUAGUAGCAGGCCAGCGCUGUAUCAAGAAACUGACAGACAACCAGACAUCCACCAUGAUCAAAGCUACAGCCCGUUCAGCCCCCGACAGACAGGAAGAGAUCAGCAGACUGGUCAAAAGUAACAGCAUGGUCGGGGGCCCGGACCCUUACCUAAAGGAAUUCGGUAUUGUCGUGCAUAAUGACAUGACCGAAGUUACGGGGCGUGUUCUCCCUGCGCCCAUGCUACAGUAUGGGGGCCGGGUGAGUACAGACACAGGGAGGGACUGUGGCAGGGGACUCUCUCCGCAGAAUAAAACAGUGGCCACGCCCAACCAGGGGGUGUGGGACAUGAGAGGGAAGCAGUUCUACGCCGGUAUCGAGAUCAAGGUCUGGGCUGUGGCCUGCUUUGCUCCGCAGAAACAGUGUCGAGAGGACCUCCUAAAGAGCUUCACUGACCAGUUGCGAAAGAUUUCAAAGGAUGCUGGGAUGCCGAUCCAAGGCCAGCCAUGUUUCUGUAAAUAUGCCCAAGGAGCCGACAGUGUGGAGCCCAUGUUCAAACACCUCAAGAUGUCAUAUGUAGGUCUGCAGCUCAUCGUGGUCAUCCUUCCAGGCAAAACACCUGUCUAUGCUGAAGUUAAACGAGUGGGAGACACCCUCCUCGGUAUGGCUACACAGUGUGUCCAGGUGAAGAACGUAGUGAAGACGUCUCCACAGACUCUGUCCAACCUCUGCCUCAAGAUCAACGCCAAGCUGGGAGGAAUCAACAAUGUCCUGGUGCCUCAUCAGAGGCCCUCCGUGUUCCAGCAGCCCGUCAUCUUCCUGGGCGCAGACGUCACACAUCCUCCUGCAGGUGACGGGAAGAAGCCGUCAAUCGCCGCGGUGGUCGGUAGCAUGGACGGGCACCCCAGCCGCUACUGUGCAACGGUGCGGGUCCAGACAUCUCGGCAAGACAUGUCCCAGCCUGUUACAUCUUCUACACGUGACUUUGAGGAGCAACUCUUCAGCCAAGAGGUCAUUCAAGACUUGACCAACAUGGUGCGGGAGCUGCUCAUCCAGUUCUACAAGUCCACACGUUUCAAGCCGACACGCAUCAUCUAUUAUCGUGGUGGUGUGUCGGAGGGACAGAUGAAACAGGUCGCAUGGCCAGAGCUGAUAGCUAUCAGGAAAGCGUGCAUCAGUCUGGAGGAGGAUUACCGGCCGGGCAUUACCUACAUCGUGGUCCAGAAACGGCACCACACACGUCUGUUCUGCUCUGACAAAGCUGAGAGGGUUGGGAAGAGCGGUAACGUUCCAGCGGGCACCACAGUGGACAGCACCAUCACUCACCCAUCAGAGUUCGACUUCUACCUGUGCAGCCAUGCUGGGAUUCAGGGAACCAGUCGUCCCUCCCACUACCACGUCUUGUGGGAUGACAACUGUUUCACGGCCGAUGAACUGCAGCUCCUCACCUACCAGUUGUGCCACACUUACGUCCGCUGCACACGCUCGGUCUCCAUCCCUGCCCCGGCCUACUACGCCAGGCUAGUGGCCUUCCGUGCCCGCUACCAUCUGGUGGACAAAGACCAUGACAGUGCGGAAGGCAGCCACGUUUCAGGCCAGAGUAAUGGCCGGGACCCCCAGGCCUUGGCCAAGGCUGUCCAGAUCCACUAUGAUACCCAGCACACCAUGUACUUCGCCUGAGCUAGCGAGCCAGUUAGCCAGCGGACUCUUCUCUCCUUUCUUUCUUUUUGUCUUUUAUUUGCCAGUUUUUCACCUCUUCUCCCACAUCUUUUUGUUCCUGUAGUCUGUCUCUUUCUCUUCAUACUCAAUCUACACUUUCUAACUCUGUACCAAAGCGGCUCUUCGGACGAGAGGGAAUCUGCUGUGUCCCGACGUCCAGCGGGUUUUGUUUCACGGGACAGGCUCCAACCAGCGUUCCCAAUCAAGCCGCCUGUUUAACCAGCAAUCCAGCACUGUGAAACCUGAGGGUUUCCAAUGCACAAGAAAAACGAAAAAACAAAAACAAACCAUACACACAUACUACCAGUUGAGCCAUUAUUUUGAGUUUGUUUUUGUUUUUUCUAUUUGAAUGUCUGCACUCUUGUGUUUGUAAGAUACACUGAGCAAUGGAGUGGAUUGGCAUAGUCUAUGUCAACACAGCUCUUUAGCUCUCCCAGCUAAGCAGGACUCUUAUCACUUUUACCUCAAAGCCCCUUUGGGCAAAAAUCUGUCACAAGGUCUGGGGUUAUCGGGUGGUGGGGAGGGAACUCUACAUGAAAAGAGAUGGAGGGGGAGUUGACCUUUUGAGAAUGAUAUAUAUAUUUUUUUCCUUUUUAUGAGCGUGUGUUUUAACUUUUUCUCCUUUACGGUCUUUUACAAGCGAGGUGACCUGGGUGUCCAUGCCCAUUAACUACUUUCCUCCCAUCUUAGAGAAGAAUAAGUGCGCAAGUCUGUCUGUCUGAGUGUGUUCAUCUCUGUAUAUACAUGUACUGCUGUAUGCGUGCGAAAGUGUGUGCAUGUGUGUUUCAUGGCAGGCCACUGAAUUGUAAAGGGAAAUCAAGGAGAUAACUGCUGUAAAUGCCUCAGAUUUGUUGUUUUUAUAUUCACACAUACAGUACAUAUAAGCAUAUAUUUACAUCUAUAGAGCAACUUUGAAACAUAUGACUUAAACAGGCCUCCCAGAGGCUGGUGUGGGUAUUUGUAGCAGUCCUGGAUCUCUUACUAAAUGAAAUACUUUAAUUUACAUUUGAAAUUGUGAGUGUUCAUGGGAUUUGCACCUUUGGGAGCAACCCGUUCCUUUAGUGCCUCACAAGAUCAUUAAAUCCCACAAAAGAGAAAGAAAAGGUAGCUUAAUGUGUUUCAUCCAGUGAGAGAAUCUGGGUCUGAUGUGUAGCAGUAGUAACCGUGGUCUGGCCUGUGACUGGCUCAGCAUUGGGACCUGUUGAAUGGCUGAAGGCAUUAAACACAGAGUAUGGUCUUACGCCGUUGUUUCUGUGUCGAAAGCGGGAUCUUAAUUUUCUUUGGACCUGAUUAUCUGAAAGAUUAUAUAAUGACACUGCUGGACUUUGCUUUUCUUGUUUUGUUUUUUUGUUUUUUGUUUUUUUUUUUUGUUUUGUAGUAUCAAGGGCCGGAAACCAACGUAGUCUUUUGAGGUCUCCUUUGCUUAUACUGGCCAAUUCAUUGCACUGACCCGGGACGCUAGGCAAGCAACAGAGGGCACUCUCAAUCUCUCUUACCUUUAUGCAUUUAUACAUACGAAUCAACAAAGCAGAUUUGUAAAAGUUUAAUAUAAGAUGUUUUGUGGUUAUCUUAAAAAAAACUGUUGUUUAGAAUUAGUAGUUUACCAUUGAUGUUGUUGUUGUUAUCGUUGUUGUCAAUGUUGUUACUAUUGUGAUGAAAUUUUACGGUUGGCGGCAAAGCCAGUUAGUUACUAGUGCGACUUCAGGAAUAGACUUCAGUUAUUGAGCUGCAGGUUAAGGGGUAGAGAUUUUGGUUGGGAAAUUUUUGUAGCAUUCUUGCUAACGGCGAGGAAAAAGUAGGCCCAGGAUGGAUAAAAUCAAGCUUCCUCUGUAGGUUCCAGUGUGACUAAAGGCUAGUGGCAGAUUUAAGGUAUUGCGUAGCACUCCAAAAGAUUUGUCGCCGUGUUUUCGAUCAGAUAGAUGGAGACAAUCAGGGAUUGUAAUCAGUAUGGACCUAGAUGAAGAGAUUUGCUAAAGCAGUCUGCGAUAGGCAAUGAGUUGAAUUUUUAGACUUUUUAAAAAUGGUUUCUAUUACUGUGUGUAUUUGAAGUAUAUCCAUCUUAAAGUCUACUAUUUAACGGUGUUUGUUUCAUAUUUUUAUGCAUUUUUAACACUGGAUUAAAUUGACAAUAAGCAUAAGCACUGCCCUUGGACCCCCUGUACAAACACUUAGUGCACUGUUAGCACAGACACUGUAGUAACAUCAGCAAAGUGCAGUGGUGACAGCUGCAUAAACAGCGCCCCCUGGUGUUGCGAUUCAAGGUGUAGGACAGAAAGGUGUGGAGAAACAGUCGACGUGCACGCCUCAUCAGGGGGGGGCAGCUCAGUGAAAACCCUUUUGUAAUAAACCACCCGUAAAGCAGCAGGUUUACUAUGAAUGAGUUUGAGCACCUGCCUGUUGAAGGCGUGGGCGCUGGCAGAGCAGCAGGAAGCAGAGAGUGCAGGGCUGAUGGGGGAUUUGGAGGGGGUUGUCCAGGCAUUGCAUGCAAUAAGUUUUACUCUGUGUUAAAAGGGGGGCAGUUUUUAACGUGCACUAGUUGAAUAUUCACCUCUAAAGGGGAAUGAUUUGUUUUUAAAUCCUUCAACAGAUUUGAUCUCUAGUCAGAUAAGCGAUCACUCCCUGUUUAUAACAUUGCAAAGCAAUAUUUACCCAGCUCUCAAAUGUGGAAAAACAAAGCUAUAAUUCUACUCAUUGUGGUUGUUGGUCUGUUCUCGCUAUUGUGUCUAUGUACUUAAUUUUUUAAUUUUGAUUUUCUUUAUUUUAUUUGCUUGUAUCAAUCAGUGGGAAUGUGCAUUUGGUGGAAUAGUUAUGUAGGCUUUAGAAUUUUUUCUUUCAAGUAACAAAAUGUAGACUUUGCUCGCCUGCAUGCCAGAGUAUUGUCCUUUUAAAAAAGAAAAAAAAAAAAAAACAUUUUGGAAUCAUAUUUAUUAUGAGAAAGGAAAAAAAUAUAAUGCUUUUUUUUUGGGUAAAUGUUUAUCAAUUUAGUGGGACUGUUUUAGGCUAGCAAUAUUUGUCCAGUCUCUCAAAGAUGUAUUUUAACGAUUCCUACACAAAUGUCAGUAAUUUAGAGGGGUACAAGCUGAUUUCAGAGGUGGGGGGGGGACCUGCUCUUUGCGCUGUGUUCAGAUCCAAACGAGGUACUUUCUUCAAACCUGGACCCGUUAAAGACCAGACCCCUUCCCCUCGUUGCCAGGCGACUGUAGCGGGCAUCCAUUGUGUCUCCUCGUUCCUGGUUUGUACCUGUGGCCACGCCUCUUGAGGGGGCUCUCCUGUCUCCAUGGCAACUUUGCUGACCCCUGGCAAAUGCACUUCCUCUUUGUGAAGGGGUCCCCAUGGCAUCACCGGAGCAGGAUUACCUCUUUUUAACCUUUUUAAAAAAAGAUCCAUAAUUCUUUCUGUGCCCCAAUAGAAAGAGAGCAUGAAUUAUUUUUAAAUUCCUCUCACUUUGAUAUAUUGUUAUAUCUUAACGGAUUUGUAAUUUGAUGUAAUGUGUAUUUUAAUUUUGUUUUUUCCUCUUUUGGUUUUUUUUGGGGGUUUGUUAUAGCUCUGCUCUGUCUUUUUUUGUUUUGUUUUGUUUUGUUUUUUUUCUGCUAGUGGUCUCUGAAACUGUGUGGUUGUCAGUAGCAACAGAACCACAGAACCAGAACGUUCCGGAUCUGUGAAUGGAAUGUUGUGGUUCUGUGAUUGGAACGGAACUCUUCAAAUCUGUUGGAAGGGGGCGUGGCAUGUUUUGACUCCGCCCCUGGCAGAGGGCCAUUCACAUGCUGUUAAUGCUAUUAUGUGACAUGUUCAAAUUUAUUUUUUUUUCUUUUUUUUUUCUUUUUUUUUAGCCUGCAGGGAAUUCUUGUGUUAAUGUGCAAAGUAAUAAAUUGGUAUUUUAUGCCCAUAA